GAUAAUAAAAAAUGUUAAAAUAAUUUGACAUAUUUUCGUGUUAUUAAAACGCCGCCGUAUUUUUGCUUAUCAGUUUGCGCUUUUCGAACCUUCCUGAAGCUUUUACAACAAUAAACGUAUGGCCACUUCAAAGCAAGCAGAAGCUUUAGCACCUCCACCUCCUGUGUACAUUUUCAGAGAACACCAAACUACAGUAAGUUAUGUUCAGCUUUUUGAUAAUGACAACUUUUUAGUUUCGAGUGAUGGCGAAGGUUGGAUAAUUAUCUGGAAAAUGAAGACCAGAAGACCUAUUAUGAAGUGGAAAGCACACAAGGAUAAUUGUAUAAAAGCGAUUUCCAUAAAUGAAAAUACAUUGAUAAGUCAGGGCAGAGAUAACAUGAUCCAUAUAUGGAAAUUACCAAUAUUACAAGAAAUCCAUGCACUCACAAACGAUCAUCCUGAGUUAAAAAACUCUAUUGUGUAUGAUGGAUUGGGUUUCUGUAAGUUAUCGUGUUACAAUAAUCAAGAAUCUUUUUUUUUAUGUUUUCCAUCCAUGGAUAAUAUGGGAUCAUUUGAUAUCUAUGAUUUAACUUAUCAACGUUAUGUGCUUCGAAACAUUGGACAAACAGAUAGCGGUACACAUCGGCUUGGUUCGUGUAUGGCAGUACAACUAUUUAGGACAUCUGAAAACCUAUUUGUACUUGCGGGAUAUGAAAGUGGGAAAGUAGCAUUGUGGGAAAUUAAAGACAUUGGCGAAAUUAUCUGGACGCAACAAGCACAUACAGAGCCAGUACUGGAUCUGUCAAUAGACCACAUGAAAUCAUUUUUAAUGUCUUCAUCAGCAGAUAAUAAUAUAUGUAAAUAUUCACUAGCAACAGGUGAUAUUAUCAAAAAGAUAACGAUUAAGAAAUCUGGAAUUGUGGCGUUAAAGAUUCGCCCUGACAAUAAAAUAUUUGCUUCCGGUGGAUACGACGGAAGGAUUAGGAUAUUUUCUGUAAAAUCUAUGAAGCCUUUGGCCAUCUUGGCGUAUCAUAGAGACACUAUCUAUAGUCUUGAUUUCAGCUUCAAUGAUAAUUGGUUGAUUGGUGCUAGUCAAGACAAUCGUAUCAGUUUGUGGAAUAUCUAUUAAGUCACAUGGUGGGAUCUUACGCAAACUGCAGCAUUUGUUUUCUUCUGUUUAUAGUACACGACUGCUAAAGCGUCAGAUAAUAUUUUCUUUUUAUAUAAAAUGUGUAGAUAACGAUAAAUUUUGUCAACCUGGUUGGCUAUGAUUCUCGUACGACCUCCCUUCCCCGGUUCUUGAUAAUCAUUGUAUGAUAUUGAAACCCAGAAUACCUAUCUAUCUAUGCUAUCUCCACAUGUUUGAUCUAUCACUGAGCUUAUAUAAAUAGCCUCCUCCUUUCAGCUAUCUCUUUUUUUUUUCUUCUUUAUAUUUUAUUCAUUCAUUUUAUUACGAACAAUAUUUUAAAAAGAAAUGGAUU